UCCUCUUCUUUUAUCUCCGGCAUGACCCAAGUCAAUAGCGUGACUUAUCCGUAGCGUGACACCGUACAGUCCGCCUCGAUUUGGGAACUUGGCAGUGUCGAUAGCAGUACGUGACUUCCCGCAGCUGACACACUGAGCAGCACUCUGACAAAAGCAGCUACACGCUACAGAGGGACUCACUGAAGGUUUGGUGAGGUAAACAGUCGAUACCCACAUUGAUCUACCAUGGCAACCAGAUUACGAGGCCGGCUGCCUCCCUUACUGAGAGAAGCACUGGCUGAGUUUAUGGCUACAUUCAUCCUAGUGACAUUCGGCGUAGCCUCCAUCGCUCAAAUGGUUCUCAGCCGAGGUAAAAAUGGAACCUUCUUUUCGGUAAAUUUCAGCUGGGGCAUCGGGGUUACACUUGGCUGUUAUUGGGCAGGGGGUAUAUCAGGCGCGCAUAUGAAUCCCGCCGUAACACUGGCCUUUGCCGUGGUGCGACGACUGGAGUGGGUUAAAGUUCCCGUAUACUGGCUAGCGCAGUUGUCAGGAGCAUUCAUAGCGUCUGCGAUUGUCUAUGGAAUUUACUAUGACGCGCUAAACGCGUUUGAUGGUGGAGUCCGACAGAUAACUGGCGUGAACGCUACCGCGGGGAUCUGGGCAACUUAUCCCCAGUCCUUCUUGUCCACCGGAAAUGGAUUUGCUGAUCAACUGUUCGGCACGGCUCUCCUUGUCAGCUGUAUCUUCGCCAUCAUAGACAAGAACAACAAUUCGCCCGACCAGGGGGUGGCACCGGUCAUGAUUGGUCUAGUCGUGUUCAUCAUUGGCGCCACUUUUGGGUUCAACUGCGGUUACGCCAUAAACCCAGCCAGGGAUCUGGGACCAAGAAUUUUCACCGCUAUGGCUGGUUGGGGCUCCGGAGUAUUUACGGCUUAUCAUAGGUGGGCCUGGGUACCAGUCAUAGCCUGUUUGCUUGGAGGAGUACUGGGCGCCAUUGUUUAUAUCAUUACCAUCGAAGUGCAUCAUAAAGCACCAGAGGACGUCGAUAAUCCUUAUCGUCCCGUCAGUGGCACUGACGCCUCUGAAGAUCAACUUUGAACUUUGAAUCAGAUCAGGCUGUAGACUCUCCUUAGUCAAUGCUAGGAAAUUUCUCGGUAUUAGACUGGGACUAGCAUGCAACUGAGGCUAAUGCGGGGAGUAUUUUCAAAUGCAAAUGACAUUAAUCUCUUUUUAAAGAUAUUCCCCCGAUCAGCCUCCAUUGCAAACUACAACCCUGGUCACAUGGGUUGGGAAAAUUCACUGUAUACGGUUUUGCCCUUCCCCACCCCUUUCCAAUGUUGACAAAACACUUUCAUCUAACACAAGUUUGCAUUUUACCAAUUUCCAACAUUUAAAAGAGAAAUGUGGGUGCUGACACUUAUUCUCUAGGUAUUGUGGUUAUGAUCUCAUGUUUUUUUUUGCGCAUUUUCCGACACAAUUUGUCCGUGGUUGUAGUUCCAGUCUAAUGCUAAAGAUACGAAUAUGGCAUAUUCUUUUACCACCAUGACCUGGACGCACGAGUUCCUAUCAAUUGCUGUGUGCAGAAAUUAGAAUCUGAUCGCUGUUUAUAGGUAAACGGUAGCAACAAUGGAAAUUAAACCUUACAACGACUUGAA